UCCGAGGAGGCAGAGACCUCCUCCAUAAGACCAAAAAAAAAAAAAAAAGCCAGUGCUGCAGAGGACCAACCGCCAGCUCCGAGCAAGGGAGGAUAACAGCAGAGGGAGGUAUAAUCGAAAGACGCUACAACAUCAGCAGCACUUGUCACAGCGGAGAGGGUUAGCGCACACAGCCGCUUUGGCGUCAUUUUCCUAUCGAUAGCCCAAGUUUCACCGGAGAGGAUGACAGCCGCAAAUACGCCACUGCAAGAAUCGACCCUCCUGAACUUGAAACAAUGAACUGCGGCUGCUUUUGUAUAUAUUUUUAUACCGAGACUUGUACGCGUUUUUUAAUUUGCGGAUUUUAAGUGUUGUUUUUUUUUUUUACGACGCGAGACAAUGACAGCAAUGGCUGCACCAGUACUAACCGCAUUGCCAUCCACGUUUCGAGGAUUCGUAUUAUAGGCAAGUCCGCGGUGGACCUGGCCUUUUUGAUUUCGGGCCGAAGAUAGGCAGCAGUAGCCUAUAUGUGCGCCCUCUCUCUUUAAGGUUGCUAUAGCUAAAGCAGGGCGGUGUGCGGGUGACAUUUUCGUUCGGGUUACAUACAUACAUUUUUUGUACAGUAGCAUACACUCGCCAUUUGGCUUUUUUCUGGGAUAAAAAAUGAACUCGUUACUUUAUAGUGAAUGCUUCGGGGGCGCAGGGGCAUCUGCGGUCCAGGUCGGUGGCGCCUCAGCCAGUGGUUCGGGUGCGGCGGUGACCAGUGCUCUGCGGAAUGAUCUGGGCUCCAACAUCCACGUCCUGAAGACCCUGAAUCUGCGUUUUCGCUGUUUCCUCGCUAAAGUCCAUGAACUGGAGCGCAGAAACAAGUUACUGGAAAAUCGACUGCAGCAAGCUUUGGAAGACUCACGCUACAGAGCCCUUUUCUCCCGUGACCAAGCGGUACAGACGGACUCCACGGAUCUGCCAAUACCUGGGCCUUAUCAUUCACGCCUGCCGGGUACCAUAUGGAGUUACACUCACGUCCGGAGAUACGGGGAGCGGCUGGAGACACUGCAGGGUCCCGGUGUUUCUUGGACACAUCCGGACGGGGUUGGGGUCCAGAUCGACACCAUCACGCCAGAAUUAAGAGCGCUUUACAACGUGUUGGCGAAAGUCAAGAGAGAAAGAGACGAGUACAGGAGAAAAUGGGAGGAGGAGCUGGCCAGAAGACAGCAGCUGGAGUCCAUGGUGGAGACCCUGCAGGAAAGUGCACAGGAGUCGGAGCAGGUGCACGAGGAGUUGAGCAAUAAGGUGGAUCGGCUGAAGGCGGAGCUGGUGGUCUUCAAGAGCCUCAUGACUGACCAAAUGUCCGACCUGGACUCCAAAAUCCAGGAGAAGGCCAUGAAGGUGGACAUGGACAUCUGCCGUCGCAUCGACAUCACGGCCAAGCUCUGCGACGUGGCACAGCAGCGCAACUCUGAGGACAUGUCCAAAAUCUUCCACGUCAGCCCGUCCCGAGCCCCGCCGGACCAGAACCGGGGAGCCGCGGCCUGCCGGAGGAAAGAGCAGAAGCCCGCGUCGGACGAGGAGAGCUCCGAGAUGGACGCCGACCCCAGCAACUCGGAGGAGGAGGUGCCGGGGUCGCUCAACAUCACCGACGAGAUGAAGCGCAUGCUCAACCAGCUGCGGGAGACGUUUGAGUUUGACGACGACUGCGACAGCCUGACGUGGGAGGAGAACGAGGAGACGCUGCUGCUGUGGGAGGACUUCGCCAACUACAACACGCCCGCCGCCACGGGCGCCUCGGCCUGCGCCGCCGACGGCCAGGGGGAGGCGCUAGAGCCCGUGUCCCAGGAUGGGAGUUUAGGAAGUCUGAUUGAUGAGACAGAAACACUCUUCAAGACCAGAGAGCAGGAGUACCAGGAGACUAUUGGACAGAUCGAGAUGGAGCUGGCCACGGCUAAGAGUGACAUGAACAGACACCUGCACGAGUACAUGGAGAUGUGCUCCAUGAAGAGGGGGCUGGACGUGCAGAUGGAGACGUGCAGGAGGCUGAUUAAGGGGUCCGGAGGCACGGGCAGGAACUCCCCGUCGUUCAGCUCGGUGGCGAGCAGUGACUCAGGGAACACGGAUGAAAUCGCGGACGAGCUGGAGCGGGACGCAGAGACGGAGGGCCCCGUCAGCUGAUGACCGCACCCGCCCCACCCCGCGCUCGCCCGCCCCGCAGCGAGGGAGAGAGAGAGAGAGAGAGAGGGAGAGAGAGAGGGAGAGAGAGAGGCCUCCCCAACCGCUGCACGCUCCUCUCCCGGGACUUUUUUUGGGUUCCCCACCUCACACACGGCGCGAGUAUUGGUGCUCACUGACCCCUUUCCCACCGGAGGAGGUUAAUACUCCUGCUUCACGAGCGUUAAACAGACAACGACGCGCAGCGU